GUGUGUGAGCAGCACAUCAUUUUCCAACAGCAGGAGCAGGAAUGGCUCGGUGGAACAUUCAACAUCUACUGUAUGUCUUUGAUUAUAGAACAGUCAAAUAUGUGGCCACGCAGAAUAAGAAAGUGGGACUCUUAUACAGAAUCUUUCAACUCACUGUCAUUGGAUAUCUCAUUGGGUGGGUAUUUAUUGAAAAGAAACAAUACCAGGCAAAAGAUGAUACUGUCGAGAGUUCUGUGUUAACUAAAGUUAAAGGAGUUGCACGGGUCAACACAACAGAUUUCAAAUUAUGGGGACCAGAGGACUAUGUUUACCCAAAACAGGGUGAGGAUUUUCUGUUUAUAAUAACCAAUUUCAUCGAGACGGCAAACCAAAAAAUGGGCAACUGUUCAGAGAAAUUAUUACCCGAUGCCAAUUGCACUAAGGACGAAGACUGUAUAGCAGAAGAGGCUGUCAGGGCUGGAAAUGGAAUUAAGACUGGCCGUUGUUUGAAAACUCCUGAGCAUUCUGAUGGCAUUUGUGAAAUAAAUGGCUGGUGUCCCACUGAAAAAGAUCAGCAGCCGGAUGAAGCCACUGUGGUGAGACAAGCUGAAAACUUUACCUUGUACAUAAGGAACUUCAUCAGAUUUUCCAAGUUCAACUUCUCAAAAUCAAAUGUCAAAUUAAACAGAAGUGGAAACCCAUAUUUAAAAACCUGCUUGUAUGAUGAAAUUGUUAACCCGUACUGUCCUAUAUUUCGUCUGGGAGAUAUUGUAACCAAAACUGGACGUAGCUUUCAAGAAAGUGCCAUAUUGGGCGGUUCAUUUGGGAUUAUGAUUGAUUGGUCCUGUGACCUUGAUAAAGAAGACUCAUAUUGCAAUCCUAAAUACAGCUUUAUGACUCUGGGCAGCAACACAACUGGAUUUAACUUCAGAUUUGCUGAGUAUUCUAUAGAUGCAGGAGAAAGGCAAAGAACACUUUACAAAGUGUUUGGAAUUCAUUUACAAGUCAUAGUGUUUGGAACGGCAAGAAAGUUUAGUAUUAUUAAUACCAUCAUCAGCAUAGCAUCAGUUCUAGCUUUAAUGACUACUGGUUCUUUCUUGUGUGACACCAUACUACUGUGCAUGAUGAAGAAUAGCCAUUUUUACAGAGACUCAAAGUUUGAGAGAAUAACAAAGAAUGACAAAGAAAGUCCAGCAAAAAAGAUGCCAGAGCGUCCGAAGAGAAAGUUCAGUUUAUGAAAUUUGCAAUAAUAGCAAUGCAUGUAGUGUGAAAUAUGAGGGAAGCGGUUUAUAUUAGCUGAAGUCUAGAAUAUGU